AUGGGGCAACCAAAGGAUAAUCCUAGUGCCAAAGCCAACAGCGAGCCAAAACAGUUGCCGACAUCUCCACCACCGCCCCGUCCUCCGGUGUCUCUCAUCAAACCGUCGGAGAAGAAGAAAAAUAAGCCCACAAAGGUCGUUCGUGCCUUCCGUUCCGUCGUCCGUUCUUUCCCAAUCUGGACUCCAGCUGUCUGCAAGUUCCCCGGCCUCCCAGGUAGCUUACCGGAGAGCAACCGUAUUUCCUCCGGCACUCGCAUCACCGGUACAUUGUUCGGAUACCGUAAAGGCCGGGUAAGUUUCUCGAUGCAGGAGAACCCAAAAUGUUUGCCCACGUUAGUGGUGGAGCUGGCCAUGCAAACUAAUACGUUGCAGAAGGAGAUGAGCUCCGGAAUGGUGAGAAUCGCUCUGGAAUGUGAAAAGAGAUCGGAGAAGGACAAAGUUAAACUUCUAGAUGAGCCGGUGUGGUCGAUGUAUUGCAACGGGAAGAAGAGCGGAUAUGGGAUAAAGAGAGACGCCACAGAUGAGGAUCUAAACGUAAUGGAGCUCCUCAAGGCUGUAUCAAUGGGUGCUGGUGUUUUGCCAGGGAACUCGGAGGUUGAGGGUCCUGAUGGGGAAUUGGCUUAUAUGAGAGCCCAUUUCGAACGUGUCGUGGGAUCUAAGGACUCAGAGACCCUUUACAUGUUGAGCCCUGGAGGGGAUAAUAGUCCUGAACUAAGCUUAUUCUUUGUGAGAGUAUGA